CAGAAAGCCUCUUACACAGAGUAGCUCGUGGAAAAGCGUGGCCUGGCUCUGUGGAAAAGUCAACGUCCAAAAAUGGAUCUUAUCAGAGCUAAGAUAAGGAAGAUAGUUCCGAAAAAACCUCACCGCAGCGAUUUAUUGAUUGAGAAUAACAACAACGACAUAGAUGAUGAUGGUCACAUUGAUGAAAGUUCCAUGCAUCAAAACUCCUUCAACAUCGUAAAAGAACAGCUCUUGGGCCCAUGUAUUCACUCUGAUUUGUCCCAGAACUUCCCAAAGCAUCCUGAUGAUCUGGACAAGAACCUGCGGCAGCAUUUAUCUAUUUUGGAAAGCGCUGUUCUUGACUAUCUUAAGAUAUUUAAGUAUUCACCAUCGAGGGAGACAGACAGUUACCACCAAAAGAUAUUUGCUCACCUGCACGUCCUGCUUCAGGACAUCAAUUUGUUCAAAAAUGCUAUCAUUCUGAUCAACUGGGUCUUAAAAACCUACCUAAGCAAGGAGGAACUUGGUAAACCUGAUCCACAGCUCCUGGAUGAAUGGAAAAUAAAGGCAGAGCAUAAAGUGUGUCAAAGUGUGCAGGAAUGCCUCAGUGAAUCUCUCCUUAAAAUUCUCGAAGCUGAUAGAAACCAAAAAUGUAAUAAUGAGGAAACUUAUAUUGGACUUUGUAUUGACAUUGUUCAGUACAUUGAUGCGAUCCUGACGGAAGUCAAGAAAAUAAACUCAGGACUUUUAAUUCAAGUGCAGGAUAUUUGUUUCCAAGAGCUGCAUGUGUUUGUGAAGAAGUACACGGUAGAGCAGAAAGAGCUUCUGAAUACAAGGGUGCAGAAUGGAAAGGAGUCAGGGACUGAACUUGAAACAAUGGUGUUCCUCAAGACCAUGAAAACAUGUAAAGAAAUCAAAAAGUACAUUGCGAUCAAAGGAGCUGGUAUCCAGAUCCCCAUUCUCGAGGAAACCGUGACAAUUUUAGAAAACAUGGAAACUUUCACUUUAAAACUCCUGACGAAAACAAUGGCUGAUGAUGUAGAGAGACAACUUAAAGGUUACUUCACAAGGCGCAGCCAAUUCUUGAAGCUUGGUCACUUAAAUACCCAAUUCCCAAAGCUGUUGUUUGUUGUGGAAGAACAAAAGAUGGUGAUGGAUGAGGCAUAUAAGACCAUUUCUUAUGCCUACCUAAAGCAUCUCAUACAAUUCAGUCAUCGAAAACUGAGACGCUGGGAUCCUUCUUUUCCCUACAGAGUAGUUUCCGAUGCAGAUCAGCUUCACAGAACAUUCUCAGAUCUGGCUCCUGGUGUGCAUUCCUGGCAUUCCAUUCUGCGCAGCAUCCCAGAAAUCCUGGAGUGUAAAUGCAUUGAUGGGCUGAAGCUCACAAUGGCAAAGAUACUGAGCAAGAGAAUGAGUCAGAGAGAGGACCUGGAGCUCUUCCCCGCCUUGAUUAAGUGGAAGGGGCAUUCCAAAAGGGAGGUCCAAGAGGUGAUGGAAGCUCUACCGGGCAGUACCACCAGUUCCGGAUCGUCAUUUUUUUGUUUUGUCUGCUGUCGUUGAGCUACUGUGCAGGAUAAAACAGGUUGUCGAGACAUCCCAAACUUGUUAUGUCACUUUCUCCGUUACUAAUUAAACCUCGAGGCACACAGAUGAAAAGAUGAGACGGAAUUGCAGGGUGUUCGUAUGUCGAGUGUUGUAAUUAAGCAUGUGAAGACAUGUGCAUUUCAUUUGUAGAACAAGCAAAAGUAGCACUGAUAUGAAUUGCGAAAGUAGAAAAUAUGUUCCUUGCCAGCAAAGAUAAUUUUGUUUGCUAAUCUAUUUGACUUUUGGUGUCAGUGUUCAUGGUAGUUUGUUUCUGUGUUAGCCCUUUGAUAGACUGGCAACUUGUUCAUAGUGUAGCCUUUACAGCCUUUAUCCUAAUGGUAGAUGCAUAGGCUCUAUUCCUUUGCAAUCCUAAAGGGAUGGAUAAAUUAUUACUUACAUACAAAUAUGUAUAAGGUUUUAUUUAUAUAACAUUUAUUUAUUUGAUAAAACUCACAGAAAUUACACAAACACCAUGAAUGACUCAUUCCGUUAUUCUUCUUACCGUAUUGAACUUUUACAAAGAAAAAGGAAGAAAGAGAGCUGUUUUACAGCUCUUUUUUUUAAGUAUGUUAGUUUUGCCUAACUUGAAAUGUUUUUUUAAUGAAAUGUUUCUGGUGAAUUGUUGCUCAUUUGGGAAAUGGGACUCUACUGCCGAAUAAAUAA